AUGGUGAAGGCAGCCAAGGAAAUUCAAAUGGAGAACCCAAGAGAGGCAGAGAGUCCCAGCACAGGGGCCACAUGUUCCCCACCAGAGGAACAAGCAAAAAAACCUUCCAUGCUCUGUUUUAAGAAGCGGAAGAAGUCCUGUAAGAAGGGGCUGACUGUGAAGGAUGAGUGUGAAGGACCCUCAGAGGAGAAAAGCCAAUGUGUCAGCACUGACCAAGAGGAGGGAAAAGCUUCCAAUCCAUCACAAUCCUCCAAAGGAACCUGGGCAGCCAUCAAAAGCCUUGCCAGGCCUCGGAAAAGGCAGAAGUCCUCCUCACGGAAGAAGGUGUCUGAUUCCCAAGUGCAGCUGGAGGUGGAUGCCGAGGAGAGCUGUGCACAAGACCUCCCGAAGAAACGGGUGAGCUCUGGGGUGAAGAUGCCCUGUGUGAGGUUCUCCAGAGGCAAGAAAAAAUCCAGCCCCUCAGAAGCAGUGGAGGAGUCAGAGGGCAGUGUUCAAGCAAAUGAAGUGAUGGGUAUUGUGAAUAAGGCUAGUGAGGAGCCAGAGGAUUUGGCCCCAAUGGACAAAUCUGAAUCCUUCAGCCCAGUCUCUGCACAGGAGGAGCAGGAUACCGUGAAGCAGGACCAGAAUACAGUGAAGCAGGACCAGGAUACAGUGAAAGAGGACCACGAUACAGCAAAGGAAAGUGACACCUCUGUUGGGAAGAGUGAGCCCUUGACAGAGCCCACAGGUGAUGCAGAGGAAUAUUCAGAGUGCACUGUUCAGCUGGAGAUAACUGAUUCAGAGACAGCUGAUGAAACAGCCCAGGACAAACUGCAGGAAGGGAGCCUACCCCAAACCACUGACAAUGUGGAGGGCGGGGAAGUUGCUCCCGAAACACCUGAAAUCACAGAGUGGCAGGAAAUCCCUAAUAUCUGCAAAGAGAUGCCUGAAAGGGAUGAAAUGGAAAAGGGCAUAAAUCUUUCUAAGGAGUCCAAAGCCGAGGAGACUGUAACUGGUUUCAGUGAGGCGGCAUCUGGAGGUGAUGCAGCAACAAGUGUGCAGGAGUGCUCCAGCCAGAAGGUAUUAGAAGCGAAUGCAGGUGCUGGUGUCAGCAUCGUCAUCACCAUCACCGAAGCUGAGGACUCUGACAACACCGACUCUGACCAGGCCUAUGAGCCAUCCCCAGUUUUGCACCAAAAAAAGCAAAAAGGGAAUAAAAAAACAAACAGGAAUGCUGAGGUUGGUCAAAAAGAGUGCUCCGAGGCUGAUGGCGGUCCCCAGGCAGAGGAGAAAGGUCUGGGUGACCAGGGGCACAGAACUGGGGAGCAGUACGAGUUGCUCCUCAUAGAAACCGCCUCUUCCCUCGUGAAGGCGGCCAUUCAGUCAUCCAUAGAGCAGCUGGUCAACGAAAUGGCCCUGGAACAGAAUAAACACAACAGCUUUCUGUGAUGGCAGCCUUGCCCCAGAGAGAAAGAGGAGAGGGAGUGAUUUCAAGCUCCAUUUGGCCUGCGGGGUGUGUGGAGAAGUCGGAGAGCUCCCGAGGCCGAGGUGUAGUUAAUUCUGCAUGUUCAGUUCAGUUCAGUUCAGUUGUGUGUCUAUGUGAAACAGAUCCUGGGAUGUGGGCAUGCUCUGCUGAGUGCAGUGUGUCCCCUGGGGCUGCAGACAGUGCCAG